AUGCCGAUCAUGCAAGUGUUUCUGGAAAGAAUAAGUGCUCAAGCCUCUACCUCCAACUCCAUUACGACACCCAUCAAAAUUCCUGAAUGGGCACUGGAUCGUAACACAAAAGACUUCUGUGAAGUUAAGGCAGAUGAGGAAUUAGAACAUGUAUGGUGUAUUGCUAAUCUUGCAGCCUCUAAAGAAAAAAUUGUAGAUGCACUAAACUGGGUGUGCGGGCAAAGGGAUGAUAUUUGUCUUAAUAUACAAGAAGACAAGCCUUGCUAUCUCCCAAACACAUUGAAGGACCAUGCUUCAUAUGCUUUUAACAAUUAUUAUCAAAAGUUCAAGUUUCAUGGUGCCUCUUACAAUUUCGGUGGUGCUGCCGUUAUGGUAAAUGCAAGUAUGAGUUUGCAAUGUCCUAAUUUGGAUGCUAAAGACCCGAUUAUCGUAAAUCACCUCAAGGGAGAUUUGUUUUGA